UGCCGGGAUGCGCGAGCCAUCCACAAAGCCAAGCCGGGAGCGACGGAGGAGACUACGUCGCACACCGCCUUCCAAGUACGACAACGACGUUAUGGAGCUCUCGUCGGUCGGCGAGCGCGUUUUCGCCGCCGAGUGCAUACAGAAGAAGCGAAUUCGCAAGGGCCGUGUCGAGUAUUUGGUGAAAUGGCGCGGCUGGAGUCACAAGUACAACACCUGGGAGCCGGAGGAAAACAUUUUGGACGGGCGGUUGCUGGAAGCCUUCGAGAGCAGCCAGAGAGAUUCUGGAUCGGGCAAGCGAGGUCAAAAGUCUAAGAAGGAACGGAGUCAUAGCACCAGCGAGCCGCAGCAAGAUUUCCGGCAUGACUCCAGCAAGACCAAGAGCGAGGACGAUACCUCCAACGAUGCACCUGCAACUCCCCACGGCAACAGCUCAAGCACAGAGACAAACUCUGCAGUAUCUCCACCGCAUAGUCCCCCACCUGUGUUGUCACCUGGUGCAGCAGCAACUGAAGAUAAAGACAGCUCCACAGUGACAGCUGUGUCGCGACUUUCAGUGUCCACGUCGCAAUCUGCGACAUCAGCACAGCAGCAACCAGCAACUGCUGCGACACCGAAGCCACAGCCAGCUGAGGCUAAGGAGCCGACAGUAAAGCCCAAGCCUGCUGCUGCGACAGUCAGCCCACCAAAAACACUUCAGAGUGCCAAGAGCCACAAAGAACAGGAAGAAAAGGCCAAACCACUGACUGCAGCCAAUGCAGAUGCGACCCCCAGUCAGUCGCCAUCUGAAAAGAGCUCUGAACCAGCAACAUUGUCCCCCGUCUCGAAGCCAAACCAGGUUGAGGCAGGUCCAUCUUUCCCGCCAGUGUUAGAAGCUUCAAAGAAGCCAGACACCGCAACCAAACGCAAGUUAGAUGUGAAGCCAACACACGCGUCAUCUAGUCCACACAUUCAGGUCACAGCUGUUGUCCAGCAACCGCCCAGCAAGAUGCCUAGGUUGUCUAGGCCGGUGGAUGUGCCUGCAGUCAGCACUGCUGGCAAGCCCCCUCCCAUCUCUUCAGUUGCGGCACCAUUCAUGAAUGGCUCGUCACCAGCGAGGGCACCUCUGCGGCCACCGAUGGCCUUCAAGCCCAUCACUCCGCGCCUUGCCGUCAGCGUGACGCCACCGCCGCUGCACGUUCACCACUCUCACCCCCCUGCCUCACACCUUGCAGUGCCCCCCGUAGCCGCCCGCUUGGGUACCGGGCAGCUCGGACCGGCAACGGUUGCACGAAUCUCGCGGCCUCCUAUUCCUCAUCUGACUCCCCCAGCCAGUUCACCAUCUCAUCAGGUCGCAACAAAUUCGAGUUCUGCCAACUCUGCCGGUCCUACCCCCAACCCCACUACUGUACCCGUCAGCUCCCCUGCCCCUCUUCCUACGCACCCUGUUCCUGCCGCAGGCAUUGUGGCACCUCAGCAGCCGGUGCCGUCAGCAACUCCCAUUCUCAAUGGCCGCGACAGCGCACCACCUCAGCCAGGCAGCGACCGCGAGAAUGUCUGCAAACCAGCAGUGUCAGCCGUCUCACAAGGAAAGCCGAUGCACAGUCACAAUGGCCAGGCUGCGUCUCCUCCAAUGCUGCUGCCACCCAAGGAAGCCAGCGCUGAGCCGGCUGUAGCCGAGCCAGAGUACAGCCAGCUUGCCAUCAUCCCAGACUUCUGGCAAAAGCAGAGCCCAGUAGUGGAUCAAGUCCUCAUCACGGAUGUGACGGCCAACCUGGUCACGGUGACUGUGCGCGAGUGUCGGACACAGGCGGGGUUUUUCCGCGAUCGAAGCAAUGAGCAGGCGCCCAAGGACAUAAAGUGAGAUGCACAUGAUUUUGGUGCUGCUGUUUAUGCUCGAUUGAGAGUGGGUGUCAAGAGGUGGGCACAACAGCUUGUACAAUAGAAAGCAAAUCUAAGAGGGUGAUCAAAGACACAAAGUGAGCCAAGAUGGCAGUGGUUUGUUGCCGCUCGGUGUGAGAGUCGCAGUUUGUACAGUGCUUAGUGAGAAAUUCCAGACAGAUGACAGUGUAGUCCUGCAGAUUUGCAAGUUUCUGUAGUUGAGGCGCAUCCAAUGCUUUGCCGUCUUUAAUGCCAGAGAGAGUUUUUGCUUUCUUGAAUGUAGGCAGCUUUUGUCUUGGUGCAUGUGUGUACCUUCCUUGACCAUUGGAUGCAAAACAGGCUGGUUAGUCAGCUAGACAGCAAAACUUUCGCCGAACGUAAUUUUAAGUGCUCAAAAAACCUUCCAAAAUGCUGCAUUUUGCCCUAGAGGACAUCUUGACACUUCUGAUAUUGAUGAAUGCAACAUUUCAUGCUACAGUUAGUGAACUGCAAUUUUCAUUAUUUUAGUGUACAGUCUGUUGGUAACUGCUUUUGUUUUCCCCUAUGUGCUAACAUGCAGUUUGUUAAAGUGCUCUUUUUAGCACACAACUCAUCACUCCAAUCAAUAGUAUUUUUAGACGCAGUAGUUUCCAAACCAUGCGAAAGUGCCUAAAAGUUGCAUAUGGCAUUCUGUUCAUCCGAAAUAGUCCGUAUCUUUUCAUUUAAGGUGCACAAGUUUAUCUUGCUUCGCUCUUUCUCAUCAAUAUUUUGUUUUUGAAUUAUGUUGCACUUCUUUCAUCACAUUUUGUGUGAUUAGUCAUAAUGAGGAGACACUCAAUACAUUGGGCAGCCAAGAUGUCUGCUUUGUGCAAACAGUAGAAGGGUCAAUUUCUUUCAGACUACGGCCAAGGUAGAAGAUAUUUAGCCAUACUUUGAAUGAAACUGAACCGAAUUUGCUGCUCUCCCUAUAUGUACAGGUCUGGUACUGCACUCUCAAUGCAAGCCUUUUCACUACCAGUGCUGGUUGAGCAUUUAAAUUGCACACAUACUGUAGGGGCUUCAGCCAUCUGCCACAGUGUCUUAAAGUCCAAAGAGAGGGCACAAUGUUCUCUGUAAAUUAUGUAAGAAUGUGUCUGUUAUAAACUACACUGCGAUCAACUUCUUGGGAAAGGGUGCGGUAGAGGUAACUGUGGCAUGCAUGCAUACUCAGUUUUUGGCCAUUCCCCCUCCCCAUUUGUGGUGCUUUCUGUUUGGUUGCAGUACUUAGUGCAGAGUUUAGUAAAUACUACUGGAAGGCUGUUGAUAGAUUAGUGGGCUAGCAUAAUAUAUUCUGUUGGUUCUUGUUUUGUUUUGUAUUGUCUUCUGAAGACCAUGAAGAGUACCUGUUUCCUGAAGUCAAAUGUGGCGUACCCCAGGUUCAAGAACACCAAUAUGCAAUAUCGGAUUGCUGAGAUAUUUUUAGUGCCUUGAGUUCCUUGCCUGUCAAGCAGCAAGUGCACGACACAGCUUGGCGAGGUUCAUCAUGCCAUGAAAGCUUAUGGUGUCCGAGAGUGAUUGACGACAGUCCCUGCUCUGUCACCACCAUGGUUAGAUGGAAUUGGGAAAGUUGCAUGCAAAUGUUUCGAUCACACUUAAAUGUUAACCUCUCAGCUAAUUGGGUGCAUCAUUACUUAUUGAUUGUGAAGUAUGUCAUGCAAACUGCAUUGAUAUCAGUGACAGGGAGCGCUUCAUGCCUGCAGCUAUGCACGUUUUAUGUCCGUUUCCUUUGCUUUCACUGUGAGCACGGCCGACAUGGCCUUCUGUACAGAAUCACGGAGUGUUUUUUUUUGUUUUUUUUUUGCUUAUGUUCGGUUCAAAGGUCAUGCCAUGGUACAAAAGAAUAAAUAUGGAAAUUCUGUGAAUAAAAAUGUACAUAGACGUG